AUGGGUGUGGGGGACAGGCCGCUCUUUAUAUAUCCAAGCAUCGCCCGCUCCCUCCUCGGAAACUGCGAAGGUGCCAAGACCCGCAGAGACACGGCGGGCCAAGUUCGGCUCGCGGUGACGUCAAGGAGUCCUGGCGUUGCUCUCGCGGCCACCGUCGACCAUGGAACUGCGACCCAGGGUAUGGUGGGUCAAGGGAGCAGCAGGAUCCUAUCAGGGCAUCGCAUCCGCCCGACUUACUUUCGGCUUUUGCUCAUUUACUGUAAUGGAGAGGCCGCUUGGCGAUCAGGGAUCUCGAGAACCAUGACAUAUAGUUGUAUACGGAGUAUAUAUUAUUGGGUUCCCUGUGAUUUUGGAAACGGGAGAGAAGAUUAUCCCCUUCCACCCCUGCACGCACUCGGAAAAGGCUUGGCCCGCCACUCCUCCGACCCCGCCAUCUGCGCUCCUAUUGGCUCAAAGAUCAACCACGUGAGCGUCCGCCCAGCCGCCUCCCACCAUCUGGUUGCUCUUGACCAAUGGCAUGCAUCCAAGAAUCUCCGACCGCUUGGCGCAUUCUGA